GGCGGAGAGAGGUAUAACAUUCCAGCCCCUCAAUCUAGAAACGUUAGUAAGAACCAACAGCAGCAUGCUAGACAGAAGACUAAGGAUCAGAAUUUCCAGAUGAAGAUUGUUCACAAGAAAAAAGAACGAGGAUACAGUUACAACUCAUCAGCAGCUGCAUGGCAGGCUAUGCAAAAUGGUGGGAAGAACAAUUUUUCUAAUAAUCCAAACUGGGACUCUAGCCUAUCAAGUCCCAGUUUGCUUUUUAAAUCUCAAACUAACCAGAACUAUGCUGGAGCCAAGUUUAGUGAGCCACCAUCACCAAGUGUUCUUCCCAAGCCACCAAGCCACUGGGUUCCAGUUUCAUUUAAUCCUUCAGAUAAGGAAAUAAUUACAUUUCAACUUAAAAUCUUACUUAAAAUACAAGAUGAAGUACUAAUAUUUAAAUUUAGCACUGUUUACAUAGACAUGAAUUGGUCUGAAUCAAAUUGA